GCGUACCGUAUUUUUAUUGUGCGCGCCCGCCCGUCGUCAUCGAUCGUCGCUGCAGCCGACCCGCUGCCGCCACCGAUACCAUUUUCACCGGUCCCGCGAAAGCUGACCGUCGCGCGCGUACGUCAGUCUCAGUCAUCGCUGCGCCCAAUUAACACGAGAACGCCACCCGACCGGUCGCACCGUACUCGACUCGCACUUUUCUCGGUCAAUCGCAUCCUCCGGCGGGUCGCGCCCCCCCUUUCCGAGUACAACCGCGUUCCGUUUCGCCGACCUAGGUACCCCGGAACCGCGCGGUCGCCACCAUGGUCAAGCACAACACGGACACGAACGGCAUCGGGUACGAAUGGGAAUACGCCAAGGUGAAGGAUGACCGGACGAUAUGGCAAAAGAUCAUCAUGGGCAUAUACAACCCGAGCUCGCACGAGUUUCUCGGCCGGUCAGCCAAGAGUUGGGGAGGAAUUUUGCUCUUUUAUGCCGUGUUUUAUUCAAGUUUGGCAUGUAUGUUCGCCAUCUGUAUGAAAGUGCUUCUAUCUACGUUGAACGACAAUACGCCUCAUUUCACAUUGAGCAGCUCGUUAAUUGGCACAAACCCUGGACUAGGAUUUCGUCCCAUGUCCCCGAACGUUGAAGAUGGAUCACUAAUUUACUACGCCGCGGAUAACGCAACCAAUGUAGAGGCGUGGACUACUGAAUUAGACAAGUUCCUGGCUGUGUACAAGAACAAGACUUUGUUGCCAGACAAAGGUAAUAACCAACAGAAGUGUGGAUACAAUAUGCCACCACAAAAGGACAAGGUUUGCGAGGUCAGCCUGGCUAACAUGGGACCAUGCGCAACCGAAUACAAAUAUCAAUAUCAUAAAGCUCAGCCCUGCGUUUUCAUUAAGCUCAAUAAGAUUUUCGACUGGGAACCAGAAUUCUACACUAACAAGACAGACAUUCCAGCUGACAUGCCACAAGAACUUAAAGAAACAAUUGCACAAAGAAUGAAACAUGAGUUAUUCACAAUAUGGGUUACCUGUGAUGGAGAAGCGCCGGCAGACAAAGAUAAUAUUGGACCAGUAAAGUUAUAUCCACAAGACGGAUUCCCCGGCUACUACUACCCGUACAGAAACAAGCGUGACUAUCUUAGCCCCUUAAUCGCCAUACAUUUCCUAAAUCCAAAAAGACACACUUUGAUCAAUGUAGAAUGCCGUGCCUGGGCCAAGAACAUAUUUUACAAACGCAGCUUGCAAAACCGCGAAGGCUCCGUUCACUUUGAAUUGAUGAUCGACUAAAGUUGCAGGCUCAUAGUCGACAAUAUUAC